CAAAUAUUAUGACUAACCAGCUGAUUAUGAUGAGUCAACAAUCCGGCUAUUUCACUUGGAAAGGCAACUGAUUGGAGUCAACAUGUCCCAACAUUAUUGCGGCUACAACCCGCCGCCGCCGAACUUCGAAACCUUUUUCCCAGAAAAAUACAAGGACCGACUGCAGCGACUUCCCAGUUUUGGGAAAUUGCGAUCAUCGUGGGAGAUCCACAAGCGAGCCACCCUCGUAGUUCUCCAUGUGUUUGCGGAUGAUAUCGGAGCGCUGGAGAAGUGGAUAGAUAUGGUAUACCAACUAGCUGCCCCUGGGUGUCUCGGCGGAAAGAUGGACUUCUACGUGGACGAUCUAUGGAAAUCCUUCAUCUUCAAUGAGGAUGACUUCAGCUUCCUUCGGAGUGAAAAAGGUUGUACAGCGGAUUCAUAUCCCCUGAUAUACGCCGCAAGUUCCACUGGAGAGGUUUUCUUCUUUGGGGAUUUCACUGGACCACAUUUGCCCGACCUGGAGAGCCUCAGGCUUUUCUGCGAUCAGGUGAUAAAGGGGACAGCAAAGGAGCCCACUGCAAGGGAUCCCAAGGUGGAGAGUGUAAGCCUAGACCGCUGGAACGAACUGAUAUACGCCGGCGAUAAAGAUGUAGCCCUUUGUUUCUACAACUCCCUCCAAAAUGGCGAGGAAGUGAAUAGAAGACUUAUGGCAAAUCUGGAUUGGCUGGGCCGUAACCUGAAGCAGGAGUCAGUGCUUCUGUACAAGAUGGAUAUACAUGGAACUAGUGUCCCUAAAAAGUUUCUCGUAGAGUCCACACCUACCUUCUUCUUCCUCCCGGGAACCCAAAAGCAUAAUCCCUUGCGAUGCAAAUACGAGCUCAACAUGUGGACAAUGCUGAAAUUUGUAGCCGAAAAUUCCACCGAGGAGCUCUAUUACUACAACCGUCGUGGGAAUGUUAGACUCCAUGCGGAAUUAUUAACACACAUAAAGGAUUAUUUUAGCUUAAGCUAGAAUAAGACUCGCUAUUAGUUGUGGUAUAACCAACCAGAGUUUUGGAGUUAUACCAAAGGCGUUCGAGAUUUAAUUGACUGUCUAAUUUGUCUUUGGUAUAACAUUAAAACUCCAUAAUAUUUAA